AUGGCGGGGCCGCGGGACCCCGCGGAGCGCUGUUCCUGCCGCAACACCGACUGCCUGGAGCGGCCGCUGCGGCGGCUCUUCGAAGGGCUGGCGAGCGGCGUGGCCGCCUGCCCCUGGCCCUUCGUGCUGGUGCCGCUGCUGCUGUCGGGCGGGCUGGGCGCCGGCUUCCUCUUCCUGCCGCAGCGGCAGGCGAACGACAUCGAGGAGCAGUUCACGCCGACGGGGGGCCCCGCCAAGGCCGAGCGCGACUUGGUGCGGCGGCACUUCCCCACCAACGACUCGCAGCGCUUCUCCGCCCCCCGCCUGCCCACCGAGGGCGCCUACGCCGCCCUCAUCGCCGUGGUGACCGGCGGCACCUCGGUGCUGGACCCGACGGCGUGGGAAGAGGUGCUGCGGCUGGACAAGACCGUGCGCGACCCCGACUACGAGCGGCUCUGCGCCCGCAGCGACGGCAGCUGCGCCAGCCCCAACCCGCUGCUGUCGCGGAGGGGCGAUGAGCCACCGCCCGCCCCGGGGAGCCUCCAGUUCCCCGUCAACGGCAGCGUCUUCCUGGGGGCCGCGCUGGGCGGCGUGGACACGGACGGCGGGCGGCUGCUGUCGGCGCGGGCCCUGAAGCUGGUGUAUUACCUGCGGGAGGACGGCCCCGAGGCGGAGGACAGCCGGCAGUGGCUGCACAGCUUCCUGCGGAACAUCUCGUCGAAGCUGAGGGAGUUGGACCUCAGCUCCAUUCAGGUGACUUACUUUACGUCGCUGUCCAGACAAGAGGAGUUUGAAGGAAAUACCAAGAGCGUAAUCCCGCUCUUCUCCGUAACGUAUUUCUUGACAAUAAACUUUGCAAUCAUCUCUUGCUUAAGACUGAGCUGUAUAAGAAAUAAUGUCUGGCUUGCCUGCUGUGGAGUGGUUUCUGCCGGCUUAGCUGUGUUAAGCAGCUUUGGAUUGAUGCUCUUCUGUGGAGCACCGUUUGUGGUCACUGUAGCAAACGCACCAUUCCUGAUUCUGGGGGUUGGCGUUGAUGACAUGUUCAUCAUGAUCGCUUCCUGGGAACAAAGUUCAAGGAAAAAAGAGAAAUCCAAUGUUAAAUCUCUGCUGGCUGAGACUUACUCAGAGGCAGCACUUUCUGUGACCAUCACCACUCUCACGGAUGUUUUGGCCUUCUUCAUUGGCACCUGGACUGCUUUUCCAUCCGUGAGAGCUUUCUGCCUCUAUACAGGCACUGCUUUUAUCUUCUGCUAUGUAUAUACCAUGACCUUCUUUGGGGCAGUUCUUGUAUUAAAUCAUAAAAGGGAGCAAGGAAACCGACACUGGCUGACUUGUAUGCGUGUGGGAGUAGAUAAAGAUCGGGCUGAGAACUCCUGCUUGUACAACGCUUGCUGUGUCGGCAGCUGUUCCAGGCAGUCCUCUGAGCCAGAAGGGGAACAUCCAAUGAGUAUAUUCUUUAAAGAGUAUUACGGGCCUUUUUUUACAAAUAAAUGGGUCAAGCUCCUCGUGGUGUUGCUGUACGGAACGUAUUUGGGUGGCAGUGUUUAUGGGUGUACUCAGAUCAGGGAAGGCAUCGAUCUUCGAAAUCUGGCUAAUGAUGACUCUUACGUUAUUCCAUACUAUGAUGAUGAUGAGAAAUACUUCUCGACGUAUGGACCCAGGGUCAUGGUUGUCAUUCCUGAAAGGGUAGAUUACUGGAAUGAGACGGUUCGUCGUGGCAUUGAGAGCUGUGCACAGAAUUUGGAGAACAUUUCCUACGUUGAUAAGAACCUCUCAGAGUCCUGGCUGAGAGUAUACACAGUACUCGCUGAAAGCACUUCAAUAAAUAUAAACGAUAAGACUCAGUUCUUUAAUAACUUACCUGUACUGUUCAGCAUUCGUUCCAGUUUUGCGUGGGACUUAAACAAGACUCAGGAUGAAAUAGAAGCUUCACGUUUCUUCCUCCAGACAGUGGACGUGACCUCAGCCGUUGAUGAGAAGAAUCUUCUCAAUCAGUUAAGAGAGGCAGCCAGGCAGUGCAGUAUUCCACUGAAGGUGUAUCACCCAGCAUUCAUCUACUACGACCAGUACCUGGUAAUAGUGCAGAACACCGUUCAGAACGUUGUCGUUGCUGCCGGGGCAAUGCUCGUUGUCUCCCUUCUGCUCAUUCCCAACCCGUUGUGCUGCCUGUGGGUGACUUUUGCAAUAGCUUCUGUUAUAGUUGGUGUUGCGGGUUUCAUGGCGUUCUGGAACGUCAAUCUCGAUUCCAUAUCCAUGAUCAACCUGGUCAUUUGUAUAGGGUUUUCGGUAGAUUUUUCUGCUCAUAUUUCCUAUGCCUUUGUUACGAGUGGAGAGUCAUCAGCCAAUAAAAGGGCAAUCGAAGCGCUGUCCCUGCUCGGUUACCCGGUAUUACAAGGUGCAGUUUCUACUAUAUUAGGAGUCGUUGUCCUGGCUGCAGCAAAAACCUACAUCUUUAGGACCUUCUUCAAGAUCAUGUUUCUUGUCAUUUUGUUUGGCGCUCUUCAUGGUCUUGUUUUCAUUCCAGUGUUUUUAACAUUUUUUGGAAAAUUUGGCACAUCACCUCACAAUACCAAAUCCAACAACAGAUCACCUCACAAUACCAUGUCUGAAAAGCUAGAGAAUAGGUUUAGAAAUGAUAAAGACUGUCCGUGAAUAAAUUAGACAUAAAAUAUUAUAUAUUUAUUAUAUGCAGGUUCAAAUGCAGUGACUGUCAGGGAAUAUAUGACAUGAAGAAAAUAAAGGAGAGAAAAAUAAAUACAUCAGGGAAAAAAAAGGCUUCAGAAAAGCCAGGCAAGGAAAAUAACAGAACAAAACGCACAGGUUGGAUUUGCAUUUUCUUAUCUUUGUGUGUUCUUCACUACUGCCUUAAUGUUGUUAAUUUUCUUUUUUGUGUUACUUGUUUACUGAAUGUAUUAAAAUUAUUAUAAACACUGACCACUGCAUCACCUUAAGGGACUACAUUACAUGUUUGUCAGGAUAUGUUGACAGCAGGGAAGAGUAACUCCCACUGGUUUUCAUUGCCUGCCUCUUUCCCUUGAGGCUGUAACUCAGCCCAACACUGAGCCAGAAGACAAUUUUUGCCUGAGAGGCUCAAAUCUGGAUGUAUUCCAGCAAAAUUACAAGAGGUCACAACUGUCUCAGACUGCAGUGACCCCUAAGCCUUCAGGAGACAAAGUCUGCUUAGGCUCAUAAUGCAGUACAAGAAACCCUUGGGGAAGACAAACUGGCUCACAUUUUCUGUUCAAAGCCUUCUUUUCUUGGUGUCCUGUUUUUUAGCCAAGAUUGAACAUCUGGUACCUUUAAGAAGAUUGUAUGUGGCUUCUGUUGGCUGCAGUUUGCAAAGGGAUAUGCUACAGGUUAUUGAAGUUGUAUGGAUCUCCUGAGUAACCACCAUGGAAGAUGCUGUGCCAUGGCACGACAGGACAAGGAUUCACUAGGGAGAAUCAUGCGCUGAUUCAGGGUAAAGUGAAAAAGCAAUUCAGGUUUAAACAGGUCAGUCCUAAAAUUGUAAACCUGUAAAUUCCACCGUAUUCAUCAGUGACAGCUCAUCCUGUGACGUGUUGAUAGAGCAGAGGAGCUUUCACUGAAUAAUAUGAGGUGGUCUACUAAUCUGUAGGGACAAGACAGUGGGUUAAAAGUCAAUUCAUAAUUUGUUGCCAAUAUAAGGAACGACCAAUUGGAAAUCAAAUGAAUGAUGGUAACUGAUGUUUCUAAUUUUGGAAAAAUUGGUCUAGUCCGAAUCUGUUGCUGUGGAGAUAUUUUUUCUUAGAGAUUGAACAAGUGGGAUAAAGCCAGGGUCUGCCUCUGUUCCCUGUGGAUUUCUGGCCAGUUGCAUGAGAGCAGUAGACAGGGCAGGAUCCUUCUAUUUCAUAGAGUCACAGAAUAGUUUGAGUUGGA